AGUUGAAGAUACAGCAGGCUGCUUCAAACCUUUCUCUUAUCUUGUAAAUCUUCUCCUCAUCAUCAUGUCCUCAUCAAAGGCGAGUUCUUACGAGAAGUUCUCCGAUGCUCCGGCAACGGGUAUUCCGGUGAACUCCAGCGACCCCUACUAUAGUCAUCCUGCUCAUGAUAACUCCCACAUGCCAGCAGAUGCUCCUCCAUAUCAUCAUCAUCUCCAUGCUCGAGCCCCCGAGCCUUGGAAAUCUGGCCUCCUUGACUGCUUCUCCGAUCCCAAAAGCUGCUGCCUAACAUUUUGGUGUCCUUGCGUCACCUUUGGCCAGAUUGCUGAGAUUGUGGAUAAAGGCUCUACAUCUUGUGGUGCAAGUGGAGCAUUGUAUGCGUUGAUAGCUUUUGUGACUGGUUGUUCUUGCAUCUAUUCUUGCUUCUACCGCUCGAAAAUGAGGCAGCAGUAUUCUUUGGAAGAGAGCCCUUGUGGUGAUUGUUUGGUUCACUGCUUCUGCGAGGCCUGCGCCUUGUGCCAGGAGUAUCGUGAGCUCGAAAGUCGCGGUUUCAACAUGUCCAUUGGAUGGCAUGGAAAUAUGGAUGCAAGGAACCACCAAGUGGCAAUGGGCUCGGUGCCCCCCAUGGUGGAGGGAGGCAUGAGUCGAAAUAAAUGAGAAUAAGAAGAUUUAUGCUGGGACUAUCGAUCUGUACUUGGUUUUUUCUUUUGGAGUUGAAGUUGUGAAUUUAUUUGAUGUAAUAUACGGGCGUGGAAAUAUAGAUGCAUGGGAGGAACUAUGAAAUGGCAAUGGUUCCAAUGAGUCGGAAAUAAGUGAAUGUGAUACAAUUAAGUUUACGUUAUCCAUUGUAAACAAGAUUAUACUUUUGUACCAUAUAUAUUAUCAUCGAAUUGAAAUCAGUUUGAUAGGUUUAAUUUAAUAAACUCUUAAUUGGUAUCAAGGCUUAAGCCACUGGUUCC